AGUCUCAGGACUGACGCAGACUGAGAGCCUUGCAACAUAGCUCAAAAUAUUUCUUCUCUUCAGUCAAUUGCUUUGGAUUGGAGGUGUAUGGUCGCGUUCAAAUUAUGUAUCUGCUCGUCGAAGGUGGAAUAGUGCUUUCUUUGGCCUUGGGUUGUGCAUUAUGCGAUCAACUUGAUUCUUCUUUUCUUAAAUACAGCUGCUAAUAGUGUGAUAAUACCGCAAAUAUACGAAUAUGAAGACUUUUACACGUGUCGACGAAAAUUCAAAAACUUUGUAUACUGUGUUAGCGAUACUACACUUCAACCAAAUACAUCGAGCAAUCUAUGGAAACGCAUAUUACAAUUGCAAUCCAAUCGUAGAAAUUUCCCGCAUGAUCAACUGGAACGAGGAUUGUGUCUAAACGAGUAUUAUGAUGACGUGACCCUUAAUAAUGAUACUUAUAAGUUAUUGGAUAUCUAUAUAUCCAGUAAAAUCUACAAUCAGUAUGGCCUGAACAGUCAUUCAAAAAUUAACUCUUGCUGGACGACAACACAUUUUGCUCAGCAUAGAACAUUUGGCGAGUGUUUCUUCGUUUUCAUUUCGUUGUUACUAAUCUUGACAACAUCAUUUGCUACCUGGAAGGAAUUGAACAACUCUGCAACUGAUUCAAUCAUAAUUAAAUCCUUUUCUUUACGAAGAAAUUUGCAAUGGUUAUGGGUAGCCUCAAAACCAAACUCACUGCGCUAUCUGGAAGGUCUUCGGGCGCUAGGCACACUAACAAUAUUGAUAGUGCAUUCGCAAUUACCAAUAAUACGAAUGCCUGUGUGGAACACGGAAGAUUUAGAAUCGCAAGCCAACCAUGUAAUGUUUCCUCUAAUUAAUUCUGCAAACACUCAUAUGAUACAAUUUUUCUUUACUCUGGGAGGAAUGGUAUUCGGGAUAAGCUGUCUCACUCACUUUGAACGAUUUCCUGAAUUCAAAAUCAUGUAUUUCCUGAAGAAAAUAUUAAGGCGUUUGAUAAGGUUGCUACCAGCAUAUGCGUUCAUUAUCUUUUACCAAGCAACAUGGUAUAAGCGUAUGAAACAGGGGCCAUUGGAGUAUAAAUUUAACGAUUACUGCUUAGAGCAUUGGUGGACAAAUUUAUUAUUUAUAAAUAAUUAUAUUCAACCGACCAAACCCUGCCUUCAGUUCAGUUGGUACUUGGGUGCAGAUUUUCAGUUGUUCCUGAUCGGUUCGGUUUUACUUAUGGCAGUGUGGAAGUAUCCUCACAUGAAGAAUCCUUUGAUAAGUAUGAUGAUUUUGGUUGCAUUAUUAACUCCGGCUUACGUGAUCUAUAAUACAUCAACCGAUGCAACCAUGAAUUUUGACAUGAGGCAUGCGUUGGCUGAGCUACGUACCUAUGAUCAUUUUUUAAAAUAUUACUUGCCAUCACACACAAAUAUUAGUAGUUAUUUUUUUGGAAUAAUUGCCGCAAUGAUGUACAUGAAAUUUACUAGAAGCGAUUCACAGCACAUAAUUAAACCAUUACUUAAAAAACUGCUAACAUUUUCGUUGGUAGUAUUAUUUAGUUUGAAUGCUUUUACAACUUUCCUACCAUUUGUUAACAUUGAUAACAAAAAAUCUAUCUUUAAUGCGAUCUUUGGUAGCCUCCUGAAAUGUUCGUGGGGCUGUAGUUACAGUAUAUUAUUUCUAGUUUUUGAACUGAAAAGUAAAUCAAGGUUGAUAAAUGUAUUAUCGCAUAAUUUAAUGCAUUAUUUAGCCAAAAUAAGUUAUUGUGUGUACAUAGUGCAAUACUCAGUUAUAUACGGACUUUACACCAAUUUCCAUGUUCCUAUGAUUUACGGAGGAUUCAAUAUGCUUUUGUUGACAUCUGCUAUCAUACUGCUAACACUUAUUUGCGCAAUGUUUCUUUACCUUGCGAUAGAAGCACCCAUCGUGCAAAUCGGAAACAAAUAUAUUACUUCACUAUCAGCAAAUAAUACUAGUUCAAAGAAUGUAAUCGAGAUAAAGCAAAUCAAACAACUCUAAACAGGAAAUAAAAUGUAAAAAUGAGUGCAGUAUCGCAAUAUAGAUAUCUGAUACGAGCAAAAUCACUUUUUACUAAAUAUUACAAUACUGCAGUAUGAACAAUCAUAAUACAUUCUAUCGACAGAACAUAUCAGAGACUAAAUAAACGACAUAGGUGGAGACUCCAACGCUAUGCAACAACUCUGGAUUAUUAACGAUUUUGGGGUCUUGUUCCACGAAAUAUUACGAUUCAAAUCGAUUUUACGAGACGCUUAAGGUGAUAUAUGAGCUCCAUCGCAUGUUAUUUUAUCGGUCGUGUUGUUACAUUUACAAUGCAAUUUAUGGACGAUCCUUAUAUUUUAACGAUAAAAUAAUUGAAAUGAUCCUUACAAAAUCUACGUUAUCAGUUUUACAAAUAAACUCGUAUUAUUAUUUUUUUUUUGUUUACGGAAUCGAUUAUUUUCAUAUUCCCUCGUACGACAAUAUCACACGCUCCCCGACAAACAUUGCGAGGGUUGCAAGUGGUAUCAUCUGCUCGAAAUCUUAAGAUAUUUUAAAAAUAUUUUAAAAUAUUAAUUUUAAAUUCAUUAAUUAUUGUAUUGCUGUGAUAUUUGUCGAAAAGAUCACUAUUUAAAUUUUUGUGGGUUUUUUCAAAAUAAAAUAUCAAAAUUUAGGUGUUUAGUAAGCUAUAAUUUGCAAUGUUAUACCUGCUCUCUAUAAUUGUGGGGUGCUAUAAUUAUUACUGCUAAAACUAGCGGCGAAAAAACUGCCUAGGCUCGCAACCUCUUUAAUGCGAGGGCUCUGGGACGGUGAGCUCAUAUGACGUGCGAGCCCUCGCGCGCCCUCGCAAAUCGCUGUCAAUUGCAUGGCGGGUAUUUAAAUUUUUGUAGAUUUUUUCAAAAUAAAAUUUGGUGUUUAGUAAGCUAUAAUUUGCAAUGUUAUACCUGCUUUCGGGGUGCUAUAAUUAUAACUGCUAAAACUGGCGGCGAAAAACUGCCUAGGCUCGCAAGCUCUUUAAUGCGACCUCGCUUAUCGCACCCGUCAUGCAAUUGACAGCGAUUUGCGAGGGCGCGCGAGGGCUCGCACGCCAUACAAGUUCACCGUCCCAGAGCCCUCGCAUUAAAGAGCUUGCGAUCCUAGGCAGUUUUUUCGCCGCUAGUUUUAGCAGUUAUUAUUAUAGCACCCCGAGAGCAGGUAUAACAUUGCAAAUUAUAGCUUACUAAACACCUAAUUUUAUUUUGAAAAAAUCCACAAAAAUUUAAAUAGCUAUCUUUUCGACAAAUAACACAACAAAACAAGAAUUAAUGAAUAAAAACUAAAUAUUUUAAAAUAUUUUAGAAAUAUCUUAAGAUUUCGAGCAGAUGAUACCACUUGCAACCCUCGCAAUGUUUGACGGGAGGUUACGAUACCGUCAGCGAUAGGGAGCCCCGUAGGAAAAGAGACAGGGAAAGAAGGGAAACGACCUUUCUUGGGGAUUAAGACGAGAGAAAUUGUGUCUUCGGGAGAAAGUAGAAAGGUAUAAAAGGGAGGGCCGCGGAGAACAUAACCCAGGUGACAACUUUUCUACAUUUUUAGCUUAAACUCCUCGUGAACAGCUCGAUUUAACCCAUUGCCUUAUAUGAACGCUUGAAAACAUGGGUGUGUGAGUGAACAACGAUGUGUUGAAGCGUUGAAGUUUAUGUCAGAACUUCGGUAGAAGCCGGACAAACAAGAAGCUUGCAGUUUCGUCCUCGGUGUUCAACAGCCAAAACACUGAGUAAAAAGAAAUAAACGAUCUAUCCAGGAGCAUCAGAAUAGCGGAGAAGCGCAGGGAAAAUAACAAAACAACGUGAAAGAGUGUUUUAUAAUAAACUUGUUGUUUAAUAUGGAUUGAAAAGUA